CCCCACAAAAUUCAGACCGUCGGAAUGGACCGCUGGGGAAAAAAGCGACAAUUGCAGGGGGAAGACUGAUGAAUCGGUCAAAAAUCGUCACUUAUUAUUGAGAUUUUGAAAAGGGCAAUCUGAAACAGGGAAGCUCUCUGGAAAGUCAGAUUAUACAAUACAAUAAUAUUUGUCUACAAUAGAUAGAUAGAGAUAGCAAGGCAUUGAUGUCGAGGGACCACAGAUUUGGUAUUACGUGAUUGAUUUUCAAUGCGGUUUGAAGACUUUGGUGGAAGACCCAUUUGACUGACGGCGAUCCAAAGGUCUAUUGUGUCCCAGAGUCUUUUAACCCAGAGUAUGGGUUUCGUAUUGGUUUCAUUCUCUCCAUCCAUCAGGGUGAGCUGUGGCAGAUAUAGAGAGAGAGGAGAGAGAGAGAAGAUAUGGGGAAUUGUUGGGGAAGACCAGCAAAGUGUGCUCAUGCUUCUUCUAACCAGUUCCCUGAGAUUGCAAUGCCGACUGGCAAGGAAAAACAGGCUACAACCCUCUCCAGCCAGCAAACACCUUCAGAAAGUUUGACCAACACUCUCAUAACACCCAAAGGUGAUACAUCUACCUGCAACAUCAGGUCCUUCAGUUUCAAUGAUCUCAAGAAUGCCGCAAAAAACUUCCGGUCUGAUAGUCUUCUUGGCGAGGGGGGGUUUGGAUGUGUCUUUAAAGGAUGGAUUGAUGGGAACACUUUUGCACCCAGCAAACCUGGAACUGGGGUUGUAGUGGCCAUCAAAAUGCUCAAGGCUGAAAGCUUUCAAGGUCACAGGGAAUGGCUUACAGAAGUUAACUACUUAGGUCAGCUUCGCCAUGAAAAUCUUGUGAGACUCAUUGGAUAUUGCUCCGAGUUUGAGAACAGACUUUUAGUUUAUGAGUUCAUGUCCAAGGGAAGCUUGGAAAAUCAUCUAUUCAGAAAAGGUGUUGAACCUCUUCCUUGGACUACACGGAUGCGUAUUGCUGUUGAUGUUGCUCGUGGAUUAUCCUUUUUACAUAAUUUGGACGCCAAUGUGAUCUACCGUGAUUUGAAGGCUUCAAACGUUCUACUUGAUUCGGAUUACAGCGCAAAGCUUUCAGAUUUUGGCUUAGCAAGGGCUGGUCCAACUGGAGACAACACUCAUGUGUCCACAAGAGUUGUGGGAACUCGGGGUUAUGCUGCACCAGAAUACGUAGCAACAGGUCACUUAACUCCAAAGAGUGAUGUCUACAGUUAUGGAGUUGUGUUGCUGGAGUUGCUAUCAGGAAGACGGGCGACGGGCGACGACAGGCCUGGGAGUGUCGACGAAACUUUGGUGGAUUGGGCAAAGCCUUUCCUGCGCGACAACCGACGAAUUUUGAGAAUCAUGGACACACGACUAGGGGGCCAGUAUUCCAAGAAGGGGGCCCUAUCUGCUGCUUCACUUGCAUUACGGUGCCUGCACAUAGAUCCCAAAAAUAGGCCAGCCAUGACGGAUGUUCUAUCUGACAUGGAACAACAACUUCACACAUCCAAGGAUGUCCCCAGGACCACACCCGCAACGAACCUGGAGCAUCGUGGGAUUCAACGGUUGAGGUACCCCAACAACUCAAGAUAAUGCCACACUCGUCUCAUCUAUGGAGAUCAUUUAUUUGGAAACAUAUUCAAUGGCGCAUCACCAUCCGUCGCCCUAAAUCGUGUGUAACUGGUUCAAACUGUAUGGCUCAAGGUUUCUUUGCUGGUAUUUUGGGAGACAAAGAACUCAUGGCAAAAACUCCAAGGUCUGAAACUGAGGAGCUUGGUCUUUUCCAAGUCUAACUCUUGUGGUUUACUCCACAAGCGGUUUGUCCCGGAUUAGGCGGGUUUUGCUAUCUUACGGUGGGAUUGGGUUCCUUAGGGUUUAGUCGAGGUCUGCGUAAGUUGGCAGUGAAUGGUUUGGGGUAAUGUGACAACCAAAUCU